CCCGCCGCUGCUCCGCGCACCAGCUGCCCUCCGCCUGGUCCUCACUCACCCCUGCAAUGAGCGUCACGCGGUCUCUGCUGCCCUGGCUGCUGCUGCUGCUGCUUGGGCCUGGCCCAGCCAGUGCGGUGGGCCUGCCGCCGGCCCGCUGUGCCCCCUGCACUGCGGAGAAGCUGGCUCUGUGCCCGCCGGUGGCAGCUGGCUGCCCCGAGACGGCGCGGCAGCCCGGCUGCGGCUGCUGCCAGACCUGCGCCCUGGGCCCGGGGCAGCCCUGUGGGGUGUACACCGCCCGCUGCGCCCACGGCCUCCGCUGCCGCGUCCUGCCGGAGCAGCCAGGCCCGCUGCGCGCCCUGCUGCGGGGCCAGGGUGCCUGCCUGCCCCCCGCCGCCGAGCCCACAGACUCUGUAGAACCUGAAGAUAUGACUUUAGAAAGCAUGGAAAUGACCCAGGAUCAGCUGCUGAACUAUCAGCUGAUGUUUCCCAUCGGCCAGGACAGAUCCAUCCCCUGGAAUGCCAUCACUGCAUAUGAAAACAUGAAAGCAAAGAGAAUAGCUGAACUCAAGAAAUGGAGAGAGCAGGGACCUUGCCAGAAGGAGCUCUACCGAGCCCUGUAUAAAUUGGCCAAAGCUCAGCAGAGGAGUGGAGGGGAGAUUUACAAAUUCUAUUUGCCCAACUGCAACAAGAAUGGCUUUUACCACAGCAAACAGUGCGAAACGUCACUGGAUGGAGAGUCUGCUGGAUGCUGGUGUGUCUAUCCAGUGAAUGGAAAGAGAAUUCCUGGGUCUCCGGAGUUGAAAGGAGAUGCCGAAUGCCAACAGUACCUCAGUUCACAAGAAUAAAACUGAACACUUUCACUCACACCACGCUUUCUAUAGGGCCUGAUCGGGCUGUCGGUUAGGAGCCGUUUCAGGAAGGUAGGUAUGUGCAUCUGACUUCCAGCAUAGGAAUAACCCCAUAAAGUAGCUUUUCUACUGCACUGGGAUUACUCAGCUGCUCGAGUGACAGUCAGAUAUGAGCAACUGCAAGAUCGAGUCCUACAGUCUUGUACAUUAUGUUUGUAUAAUAUAGAUACCCUCGUAUGUAAAGCUGUUGAAUUAUUUAUUUCACAGUAAGUGUAUUUUUGUCUGUGUGUUGUUACUAAUUUAUAUCCUCAAACACUUCAUAACUUUAUAUGUAAAUACUUAAUAUUAUUGCUCUUAAAUGUAUGCAUCCUAUGUUGGAGGAUUGUUGCUACUUAAAACUUCAAAUGGCAUAACUCUAUUGGGAGAAAUGGCUUGUAAACUUGCAUUUUUGUACUAUGUAUUUAUAGACAUAAAACUGAAUUUGAAAAAAUAACUUUCAGUAGAGAACAUGCUUAGGAACUUAUUUAAAACCUGUGUUGUUUAUAUAUCAUGUUGCUUUUGCACCUCUGUUUCUAUGUCAAACUGUUUCUUAAAAAGGAAAGUCUAAACCUGGAUUAUAUACGGAAGCACCUAACGGGACAAUAUUUGUUUCUAUUUUCCAAACAUAUGCACUGGCUAUAUGGUAAAACACAGCAGGAUAUUCUCUGCGACCUUUGACAGGUGUAAAUUGUUCACAUAUUGACAUUGUCAUGUUAUUUAAGAUGCGCUAUUAAAGAAUUUCCUCUACACCGA